AAGUGUGUGUAGCUAAACUGAUAAAGCUCAGGAUACCGUGUGUCCUCGCGAGCCCAAGAUAAACAAUACAGUCGUACAAAAAUUCCCAUGUCCAAACCCUAAUCGAAUUUUUCUCUCUUAAAUUAAUUUAAAACCUCCCAUAUUUUCACAAAAACCCUUACCCCCUUUAAUUCCCAUCUCAUCAAUUCCGAUAGUAACGGUUGUGGUAGAUUUCGUUCUCAGCCAUGGACUUGCAACGAGCUAUGCUUGACGAGCUAAUGGGAGCAGAUCGUAAUUUAACGGAUGAACAGAGAAAAGAUUACAAGGAAAUAACGUGGGAUUCGAGAGAGGUUUGUCCAUAUUAUAUGGCUAGAUUUUGUCCUCAUGACCUCUUUGUCAAUACCAAAAGUGAUCUCGGGCCGUGUGAUAGAAUUCAUGAUCCUAAGUUAAAGGAAAGCUUUGAGAAGUCUCCGAGGCGCGAUAGGUAUCAAUCCAAAUUUGAAUCUGAACUUGCUCAGCGUUGUGAGAAACUGGUCAUGGAUUUAGAUAGAAGAGUUAGACGUGGACGAGAACGGCUAGCUCAAGGGGAAGAACCGAUACCACCUCCUCCAUUGUCUGGUGAAAAGUCGGAACAGCUAUCCGUGGUGGAGGAGAAAAUAAAGAAUCUUCUUGGGCAAGUGGAGUCCCUUGGUGAAGCUGGAAAGGUUGAUGAAGCUCAAGCUCUUAUGAAAAAGGUGGAUGAACUCAACAUUGAAAAGAUCCUGAUUCAAACCCAGAAUGACAAAGUACUGGUGCUUCCCCAGGAAAAAAAGAUGGCCUUGUGUGAGAUUUGUGGUUCUUUUCUUGUAGCAAAUGAUGCUGCAGAGAGAACUCAGUCUCAUGUUGCUGGAAAGCAGCAUAUAGGUUAUGGCAUGGUUCGAGAUUUCAUCACAGAGCACAAAGAAGCUAGAGAGAAAGCAAAGGAAGAGGAGAGACUGGCUAGGGAGAAAGAAGCUGAAGAGCGGAGGAAGCAAAAAGAUAAGGAAAACGAGACGCGGAGGAGUGGUUCUUAUGAUAGGGACCGAUCUCAUGAGAGGGAUCGAGACAGGGAGAGAGACCGCUAUCAUGAUCGUGAAAGGUCACGAGAGUGGAAUGGUAGAGGUGGUGGUGAUGGAGGAAGAAGGAUGGAUUGGAGGUCACGAAAUGGAAGAGAUAGUGGCAGGGAUAGGUAUCGUGAGCGGAGUAGGUCAAGAUCCCCUGUCAGACAAGGUCACAAGAGAUCCUCUAGAAGUCCUAUUCAUCCAUACUAAACGGGUGUGUAGAUAGAUACCAAGCUAUUAAGAACAUGAGGUAGACUUUUUGAAUCUUGAAGUUAUUUAGCAUGUGUUUCUGGAGUCUUGAGUUCAGUCAGCAUUGUGGGUAAAGUUUUUUCUUGCUAUCUCACAGCUUUGUUGAGACAAUACCUUCCUUUCAUCAAUGUUAUAGAGGACAAAAUGGUUGAGGUAGGUAUAACUUGAUAUUGUUGUAUUUUUAUCUUGAUUUUAGGCUUUGGCUGAACUGAAUUUCUUUUACGCCAUUGUCUAUGGAACACUGCUGCCGAUAGAGAUGAUGAUUAUAUCAUAUAUGUCUCAUUUUCGAGGUAACACAUAAAUCUUGUUUCCAUCGUGGCCAGUUUCAAUAUCCUUGCUUAUCAUAGAUUUGAUUUUCUCGGUUCAUGUUGUGAUGUAAUUGUGUGUGCAUGCAUACACUGCCUCCUAUAAAACAAGGAAGAAAUGCUAAAACCUAUUGUGAUCGACCCUUAUAAAUGAAAAUGGUUUUGCAGGGUCAUCAUGCAUGUUCUUCAUAAAAUUAAUAUGAUCUGAGUGUAGCAUGUUAUUAUGUUGACAAUUUCUGCGGACUUCUCAUUCCUUUUCCGCCUUCAUGAAAUCAUAAUUGGACAUGAAUCAGUAAGACGGUGCACAGGCUGUGUACAUAGGCUGUUGUUAAGGCCAACGGGCAUUUGUUUUGGAGGGCAAUAGAUAUGAAAUUUUCAUUAUUCCUUUUCAUGCAGAACUGGGUCCCCUCUUUUACAGACUAGGGUAAUUUGGAGUCAAAAUUCAAAAACCAUUAUAGGUAACUACUUCUAUCUGCAGAACUAUUUUCAUAGCUUCGUAGUUGUGUCUGCAAAAGCGGAGCUGCUUUAAUAAUGUAUAAUUCACGGUUGAUUUAAAAUCUACUUCAGUGGACUGGGACACAAGGUUACGCUGCAUUGCAAAACCUAUGCUUACAAUAUUGGGGUACCUGGAGGUAACUCUAAAAUGCAUUUCAUAUAGUCUGUUAUCUAUUCGAGUUUGCAGGGAAGACAAGUAAUCUGGUGAACUUGGGCGACAUAGAUGCUGCUGAUAAGUGGGUCCUGAUAUUAAUAUAUGAUUGGUAAAACAUUUUGCUAUAUUGAGAGUUACAGUAGCUAUAAAGAAAUAAAGAACAAAAGAUACAGAGCUUGGAAGCAUGUAAUGCCUUAGUCCACUAUUGUAGCACGAUUAUGUUGCCGUAAUAUAUGCAUAUAUGAUUUUGCUGACAGUUUAUGAUCAGCAUGAGAA